GGCGCGGCCGCAGUGAGCCCGGCGGGGAGCGGAGCGGAGCGGAGCGGGGAGAGGAGCGGGGAGCGGCGCCGAUGGCGUUCAGCGCCUGGCAGAUCCUCUCGCCGGUGCAGUGGGCCCGGUGGACCUGGUCGGCGGUGCGGGGCGGGGGCAGCCCCGAGGAGGGGCACGGCGGGGCCGGUGCGGCCGAGGAGGAGGAGGAGGAGGAGGAGGACCAGGACCAGGACCCUCCGGCGGGGGGCUCGGCCCUCAGCUUCAGCUCGGACUCCACUGAUAAUUUUGAGACCCCUGAAGCAGAAACGCCGACCUGCUCGCCACUAAAGGAGUUCUGCGAGCCGCCGGGAUCAGCAGAGCCCGAGGUCGGGACCCCAGAGCCAGGUGACCAUGGUGACCUGCUGGUAGGGGAAGCCUGCCUGGACGGCUCUCCCGGGAAACACCCCAAAGAUGAGGCUCAACUGGAGACCGGAGCCCCUAAAGGCAGCUCAGAUGCUGAAGGGGACACUGACCCCAACAACUCAUCCCUGACACAGCCUCAGGCUGGGCAGGGCUGCAGGGCCAACUCUGUGCCCACUGCAGAGCCAGCCCUGGUGCCCCAUGCGGGCACAGCCCCCGGGCAGCGGGUCAUGUCAGGAGGGGACGUGGCAGACGCUGGCACGGGGCUGGUGGAGCUGAGGGCUGAUGCCCUGGCCCAGGACCAGCUUGGGAAAGGGAAAACACCUUCGCUGGGGAGGAAAACAGAAGGAGUCACAGAGGAGACCCCGAUGCCCCAAGCAUCCUACCAGCUUGAGCCUGAGCGGUGUGAUGGGAGUGUGAACCCCGCUGGAGCAGGGAACUGCCAGCUGCAGAGCUCUCCCCUGGCAGCCCCAUGCCACCUCCCCCAUCCCAGAGAGCUGGGGGGGGACCCAGCCCCAGAGCCCACAGGGCAGGUCCCAAACCCUGAGGUUGGUUUUAUGGAGGUGGGAGAGAGCACAGAGGCCAGGAGAGCUUCACCCCGGAGGGGCAGCAGGAUCCCGGCCAGCAAACUGACACCAAAGAGACACCGAGAGUCCCCCAAGAAACCAGCUGAGGAUGCAGAGAGGGGUCCCACGGAGCCACCACCGCCCCGGGACUCCCCCCAGCUGGGUCCUGCUCACAACUCCCUCAGUGGCAGCUCAGCACUGCAAAACUUGCCAACUCUCCCCAAGGGCUCUUACCAGUUUGACCCCGAUAACUUUGACUCUGUGGAUCCAUUCAAACCCACCAAGACACUCGCCAGCACUGCCCCCGACUCCUGCUCCGCUGCAGAGAACAGCCUCAAUGAAAUCCUCGAGUCUCAGACGUUGGAGGCGCAGGACGAUCCCCUGAAAGGCAGAGAUUCCCCCAAGAAGCCCAAGUCACGCCUGAUAACGACUACUGAGCAAGUGAAAUUUCUCUGUUUUCUGUUGAGUGGCUGCAAGGUGAAGCAGUAUGAGGUGAAGCAGUACGAGGCAAAGCCCCUGGUCCUGGAUGGCAGCACUCAGGAGGAAGGAGUGCUGAUCUCAGAAAUCCCAGAUAUUGCAAACAGGGAUGGACGUGCCACUGAUGAGGAGAAGCUGGCCUCCACCACCUCUCUGCAGAAACUGACUGGGCUGGACAAGAAGGCUGAGCCAGAAGAUGACCUGGAGUACUUUGAGUGCUCGAAUGUCCCUGUGCCCGCAGCGAAGCAGAGACCAGAGGCAGGCUUUGAAAAGGAGAUCUGCAAGCAGAUGGAAAAGGACGGGCCUGGCAUCUUCCCUGACAAUCCCGGGCUGUGCCCCACGGACAAGUGCCCCGGCGUGAGCAGGAGCGAGGGUCCCCUGGAUGGCAUCUGCCUCAGUGAGUCCGAGAAGACAGCUGUGCUCACACUCAUCAGGGAGGAGAUAAUCACCAAGGAGAUCGAGGCCAACGAGUGGAAGAAGAAAUACGAGGAGAGCCGGCAGGAAGUGCUGGAGAUGAGGAAAAUCGUGGCUGAGUAUGAGAAGACCAUUGCCCAGAUGAUAGAGGACGAGCAGAGGACCAACAUGACAUCUCAGAAGAAUCUGCAGCAGCUCACCAUGGAGAAGGACCAGGCUCUGGCAGACCUGAACUCGGUGGAGAGGUCCCUGUCAGAUCUGUUCAGGAGAUACGAAAACCUGAAGGGUGUCCUGGAAGGCUUUAAGAAGAAUGAAGAAGCUCUGAAGAAAUGUGCUCAAGAUUAUCUCACCCGGGUCAAGCAGGAAGAGCAGCGGUAUCAGGCCCUGAAAGUCCAUGCAGAAGAAAAACUGGACAAAGCCAACGAGGAGAUUGCCCAGGUGCGCACGAAGGCCAAGGCGGAGAGCGCAGCGCUGCACGCGGGGCUGCGCAAGGAGCAGAUGAAGGUGGAGUCCCUGGAGAGAGCUCUCCAGCAGAAGAACCAGGAGAUCGAGGAGCUGACCAAGAUCUGUGACGAGCUGAUCGCGAAGCUGGGGAAGUCAGACUGAGCCCCGCCGCCCUCGCCCAGCACUCUGCACUUGGCUGCUUUUCUCGUGACGUCGAGCACCUUGCCUUACCCCCAGGGCCCCCCACAGCGAAGAACACGCCUCCAGCUGCCCCCCUUGGCUGCUGGACCCGUGGCUCCCCAGCAGAGCUGCUCCCCUUGCUGUCCCUGUCUGCUUCCCACAGCUCCGGGACCGGGAUCCCUGCGGUCGGGCUGGGAAUUCUGCGGUCACCCAGGGUCUGUGUGUCCUUCCCAGGCUCUGUGUGUCCCUCCCAGGGCCCGCUGUGCUGUCCCUCUGCACCAAUGCCACCUCUCAGCUGGGAGGUGACACCUCAGGCUCUGUCACCCCUGGCUGGGCUGGGUCUGGUUGUGUCCCCACCACGCUCUGUUCACUUACUGUCCUCACGUGCUCAGCUGCACAGGUUCAACCACAUGGUAGGUCCUGCCCUGGGACAUGGGUGAUGCCAGGGCUGGACCUGCUGGCUCUUGCACUGGGAAAGGGGGCCUGGCACACGCGUGGCCGGUCUCUGGUUUGUGGGUGAAGCACAGCACAGCCCGUCCCUGUCCCUGGCCGUGCCGGCCUCAGAGGAAGGGAGCCAACAUCUCUGCAUUCGUGCACUUUAUGAGCAUUUAUGGGCACUCACUCAGGCUUUCUGCUCACUCCUUCCAGUCAGGCACAGCCCUGCUGCACGCCUUGGUCCCCCCAGAGCACCAAAACAGGCACAUGACCAGCAGGAACUUCAGUCCUCUCCGUGGAGAGUCCGGGUGAGGGGAGGCAGGGGGCUGCUGCACCAAGGGGUGUUUAGAAACAGGGGAGAUGUUGGUUCUGGGGGGCUGGGACUGCCCGUCCUCCCCUGGGUGACCCAGGGUUGGACAUGGGCAAAGCCAAGGCUGUUGCUGUUGGCUCCCUGUGCCGUGGCGAGGUCAGGGUGCUGUUUCAGAGGCUGUAGGAGGAAGGAAGCAAAGCCUGAGCUGCCCCUUGGCUCUGCUGACUGAGAGCUUUUCCAGAAGGGCAGAAGGAGCUCAGGGCUGCCCUGGCUCCCACACUGCUGUCAAAACUGCCCUUACAGCACUGAAUAAUAAGAGGACCCAACAAAACCCAGCCUUUACAUGCACAGGCAGAUCCAGACACUAAAAUACCCUUUGAAAUCUGCCUGGAUGCAGCCCAAAAUCUGACUUUCUGUGCAGGCAGGCUGCCUGCUGUGUUCCAGGGGUAUUUGCUUCUCUGAACACACCAGGCUCCAGCAGAAUUGCUGAGGUUGCCUGUGCACUGAGCUGGGAACUGGGGGACUCUGGGGUGACACAACGUGUUUAAAUCCCUUUGUAGAUCCCGUGUGUGCCCUCCUGGUAGUGCCAUUAUACGAGCCAGCCCUCCCUGGUGAGUUCUGGCACUGUUCACACCGUGCAGUGCCGCGUUUCCCUGGCUGUGGUGCCCUGGGAGCAGCACUGGGUGCCCAGCCUUGGGCAGGGACUGCUGAUGUGUG